AGCAAGAAAGUAAUGGCGCUGGGUAUAAAUGGGAAGAGGGCUUGUCCGUCGUCGCGGAGGAGAAGCGGCGGAAGGAGGAGAGGCGAGAGCUCGGGAAGGGGUCGAGGCCGGUCGGUGUCCUCUUCGCGGAGCCCUUAAUUCGAUCGAUGGCGGAAUCGAGCGACUCGGUGUCGGUGGAUGUGGAGAGGAUUGCCUUCGGAGGAAGCGAGGAACAUCUCAUCAAUACUAGACACGGCGUUGUUUCUGUUUCUGUGUUUGGAGAUCACGACAAACCUGCCCUUAUCACCUAUCCCGAUGUGGCUUUAAAUUAUGUGUCAUGCUUCCAAGGAUUAUUCUUUUCCCCUGAAGCUGAUCCCUUACUGUUUCACAAUUUCUGCAUCUAUCAUAUCUGCCCUCCAGGUCAUGAGAUGGGAGCUGUUCCAAUUUCUUCCAAUGUGUCUAUACCUUCAGUUGAUGAUUUGGCAGAUCAGGUUGCUGCUGUUCUUAACUAUUUUGGGUUAGGUUCGGUUAUGUGCUUGGGAGUCUUGGCUGGGGCAUACAUUCUUACCCUUUUUUCUAUUAAAUAUAAGGAGCGUGUGUUAGGUCUGAUAGUUGUAUCUCCUCUCUGUAAAGCACCCUCUUGGACUGAGUGGCUCUGUAAUAAGGUGCUAUGUAAUUUUCUCUACUUCUAUGGGAUGUGUGGUUUGAUCAAAGACUGCUUGCUUCAGCGUUACUUUAGUAAGGAAAUCUGUGGUUUCACCACACAGUUCCCUGAGUCAGAGAUAGCCAAGGCCUGCAGAAAUUUUCUAGAUCAGAGGCAGAGUACAAAUGUGUGGCGUUAUCUUCACUCCAUUAAUCGGAGAUAUGACAUCACUAAUGGAUUGCAGCAGCUUCUUUGCCGGACACUGGUAUUUGUCGGUGAGAGCUCUCCCUUCCACUGUGAUGCACUCCACAUGAUGUCAAAACUAGACAGUAGAUUCAGUGCCUUGGUCGAGGUUCAAGCAUGUGGAUCCAUGGUCACUGAAGAGCAGCCCCAUGCCAUGAUGAUACCAUUAGAGUAUUUCUUCAUGGGUUAUGGUCUUUACCGACAUAACCAAUUCUCUGACAGUCCGCGCAGUCCACUUAGUCCAUGCUGCAUCUCCCCAGAGCUGCUUUCGCUUGAAAGCUUAGGAGUAAAACUAAAGCCAAUCAAAACCAGGGUCUCAAAUGAAGUCUGAAAGCUGCAAGGGUAGACAGUGGCCAGAUGAAACUUCUGUCACAAACUCAUCUCCUUCAGGUUCUUUAUUCACUGAAACUCCAUCUGGUGUAGGGUGGCAUUCUUUGAUUGUAGAUAGAAAAGGAUUGGUCCGGUUAGACGAUUUUCUCAUAUAGAAAUCAUGCUUUCCUCUGUAAGCAGCAAUCAGUUGAGGAUGAUAUGAACAAUUGAUGAGAGCAGUGGUCUCUGCAAACUAUAAGAACGCACAUUUUGAUUCAUUUUUGUGUUUUUUUAUCUGUCUUGCAAAAGUUUUUUGUUGCUUGGACUGCUGCCUGGAUUAUAUUAUCUGAAGUUGAGACAAAGA